AUGAAGUUGUGCCGACUUUUAUCGUUAGCCUUCUUUUUGAGCGUCGGUUUGGCAGCUACAGCAGCUGAUUGGAGAGGAAAGGCGAUCUACCAAGUCUUUACCGAUAGAUUCUCUCUCACAAAUGCAUAUUCAGCUGAUGCAUGUGAUGUGACGAAAAAUGAGUACUGCGGGGGAACAUGGAAGGGGAUCCAAAGCAGGCUAGAUUACAUCCAAGGAAUGGGAUUCACUGCUAUCUGGAUAUCUCCGGUCACAUUACAAGUUCCUGGUGGAUACCACGGAUAUUAUCAAACGGAUCUAUAUCGCCUCAAUGAUCACUUCGGGACAGCUGAUGAUCUCAAAUCCCUUGCGUCUGACCUCAAAUCUAGAGGCAUGUAUCUCAUGGUCGAUGUAGUUCCCAAUCAUAUGGGGUGGCCGGGAUGUCCCGACACGGUCGACUAUUCGCAACUCCAUCCCUUCAGCGAUGCUUCGUGUUACCAUUCCUACUGCCCGCUGCUCAACUACGACAACCAGACUGAAACAGAAGUCUGCUGGCUAGGUGACUGUAACACAGAGAUGCCCGACCUCAAGACCGAAGACUCAACAGUUGCAACUGGUAUGCAAGAUUGGAUCAAGUCACUGGUCAGCAACUACAGUAUAGAUGGUCUCCGCAUGGACUCUGCCAAAAGCGUGAACAAGGGCUUCUUCCCAGGAUUCUGCGCUGCUGCCGGUGUCUUUUGCAUGGGUGAGGUCGCAGACGGAAGAGCAACCUACGCUUACGCAUACCAAGAUUACAUGGAUAGUAUACUCGACUACCCAUUGUACUUUGCCAUCAAUCGCACAUUCCAACAACAAUCCGACAUGUCUGAUCUGACAUACAACCUUGAGCUCAGCAAAAACGGUGGAAGCACAGGCUCAAAGGACAACACUUUGCUUGGAACAUUCAUCGAGAACCACGAUAACCCAAGAUUCCCUUGGUCUACGGACGACAUGAGUCUCGUCAAGAAUGCCAUCGCUUUCACAAUCCUGAGUGAUGGGAUUCCAAUCAUCUACCAAGGGCAGGAACAGCAUCUGGCUGGAGCUGAUGACCCUGGAUGCCGAGAGGCCAUCUGGCCAACUGGGUACAACACUUCUACGCCCCUGUACGGGCAUAUCGCGUACCUCAACCAGAUGCGGAACUUCGCCCAAAGUCAAUCGUCGUCUUACUUAACAUACAAGAAUUGGGUCACCAAUUAUACGACUGAUACCAUCAUGAUGCGGAACGACAUUGUACGCACUAUUCUGACGAACCAGGGCGAAUCCGGUGGCAGUUACUCCCUCACAACCGAGGGGAUGGGUUUUGAAAGUGGGGAAACAGUAGUUGAGGUGUUCACUUGUGACAAGUCAACCGCCAAUUCGGACGGUGAAGUAAACAUCCGGAUGAACGGAGGGCUGCCACGCGUGCUGUUCCCCGAGAGUUCACUGACAGGCUUUGGGAUGUGUGGGUACUAG